UCAGCCCCUGUGCUACGUCUUUCUUUCUCUCUCUUUCUGUCGGCGCUGCCCGUGGAGGGGCGGCUAUCUCUUCGCCGGCGCCAUGCCUGCCCUCAGACCCCUCGUGAAACCUAAAAUCGUCAAGAAGAGGACCAAGAAGUUCAUCCGGCACCAGUCCGACAGAUAUGUCAAGAUCAAGAGAAACUGGCGUAAACCAAGGGGCAUUGACAACAGGGUGCGAAGACGAUUCAAGGGCCAGAUCUUGAUGCCCAAUAUUGGUUAUGGAAGCAAUAAGAAGACAAAACACAUGCUCCCGAGUGGAUUCAGGAAGUUUUUGGUGCACAACGUCAAAGAGCUCGAGGUGCUCCUGAUGUGCAACAAAUCUUACUGUGCUGAGAUCGCUCACAAUGUAUCCUCUAAGAAUCGGAAAGUUAUUGUUGAGAGAGCAGCUCAGCUCGCCAUCAAGAUCACCAAUCCAAAUGCUAGGCUGAGGAGUGAAGAAAAUGAGUAAAGAGCUUUGCACAUUUUUAUUUGUGUUAAAUAAAUCCUGGAAAUGCUA